CUUUUGGUGCACUUCUGAGUGUUCUCAUUGAGCGGCGGGAGGAUCUUGGCUCGAUAUGUCGAAAAACAAUGGCAGUAUUCGAAAAAGGCAGUCGAAUGGCAAACUGCCAGACGGUGCAGUAAUCGCCGGCAAGAAUGACAUUGCGCUCACAAGCGAGCAGAAUACUGAGGAUUCGGGUUCAUGGCUGAGGCUUCUGAUAUGUGUCGGGGGCAUUUACGCAUCCUUUCUAACAUGGGGAAUCCUCCAAGAACGGAUCACCACGACAAACUAUGGCACCGAUGCCAAACGAGAAGUGUUCAAAUACUCCAUCUUCAUGAACACAGUCCAGUCGAUCUUCGCUGCCAUCUUUGGCUAUGUCUUCAUUCUGAUGACCCGCAAGUCGUCAACUGAUCUCCCCAUCAUUCCCAAGGUGGAGAUGCUAUGGCCAUUAGGUAUGGUCACCCUCACAUCAGCAUUUGCCUCGCCCUUUGGAUACGCCAGCCUCCAGUACGUGGAUUACAUCACAUUUAUCCUGGCCAAAUCAUGCAAGCUUUUGCCUGUGAUGUUCCUCCACGUCACACUCUACGGAAAGAGAUAUCCUUUCUACAAGUACGCCGUGGUUGGGCUUGUGACUGCAGGUGUCGCGAUAUUCACGCUGCAACAACCGGCUGGCAAAAAGAAGAAAGGUGCCGAUGGCAACAGCAGCUUCGGCCUGCUUCUGCUCGGUAUCAAUCUUCUCUUCGAUGGAUUGACGAAUGCGGCCCAGGACAGCAUAUAUGCAAAAUUCAGGCCGUAUAGUGGACAACAAAUGAUGUGUGCUUUGAACAUCAUGUCUAGUCUGUUGACGUCGACCUACUUGCUCGUGCUUCCAUAUCUCGCACAGAGCGGGAUUGGCUCCUUGAUUGGACUGGACUUGGGCACAGGAGUUGGAGAGCUAUACGGAGCUCUGGAUUUUAUCCAACGGCACCCAGAAGUGGGCUGGGAUAUUCUCGGCUUUGCAGCAAGUGGUGCGCUUGGACAAGUCUUCAUCUUCAUGACUCUCUCCAUUUUCGGCAGUCUUCUCUUGGUCACCGUCACCGUGACACGCAAGAUUUUCACCAUGGUGCUCUCGGUUUUCUGGUUCGGCCACAAGCUGACUCCGGGCCAAUUGGUCGGUGUCGGUCUGGUGUUUGGAGGCAUUGGCAUUGAAGCCCAACUGACCAGACGCGAAAAAGCGCAGAAAGAGCUUGCGAAGGAGCUCGCGAAAAAGGGAAAAUAGCAGUGUCCAAAGCACUGAACAUAGAUUUAGAUAUCUCUAUAUGUUGUCAAUACUAGAACAGGUACAUCGACG